AUGGCUGCGCCUGCUUGGUCUCGCCUUGUCCGCUUCGUCGCAAAGGAGGACGCAAAGACCUACUACGGCGAGCCUGACCAGCAAGGCGACCUCGGCCUGCUGUACGCCCAAGGCGAGCGCAUCACGGCUCGCCCGCUCGCCGACCAGUCGUCCCCCUGGACCUCCUCUCCCUCGUCCUCGAGCCGCAGCCUCACCGUCCAGCGCCUCCUCCCGCCACUCGCCCCGCACCACGUCCCCUCGAUCCGCGGCAUGGGCCUCCAGUACUCUGCCGACCCGACCAAGCCGCAGCCCAAGCCCGACGUCGCCGUCGUCUUCUUCAAGGCGACCAACUCGCUCGCGGGUCCAGGCGACGCCAUCGUGCUCCCCAAGCUCGCCGACGGCGAGAAGAACGACUACGAGGUCGAGCUGUGCGUCGUGCUCGGCAAGGACGCCAAGGACGUCAAGGAGGACGACGCCAUGAGCUACGUCGGCGGCUACUGCGUCGUCAACGACGUCUCCUCGCGCGGCCUGUGCGCAAAGGGCGUCCAGUGGGGCAUGGGCAAGAGCUACGACACGUGGUGCCCUCUCGGCCCUUGCCUCGUCUCGCCAGAAGCUCUCGGCGCAGACCCGCACAAGCUCACGAUCACGACGCACGUCAACGGCAAGCUCGCGCAGAAGGGUACGACGGCAGACCUCGUCAUCAAGAUCCCCGAGCUCAUCGCGCGUCUCUCGCACGGCACGACCCUCCCCGCCGGGUCCCUCAUCCUCACCGGGUCCCCGAUCGCGCUCGGCCGCAAGGCGCCCGGCGACGUCGUUGACCAGAGCCCGUUCAUGCGCGACGGCGACGACGUGCGGUGCUUCGUCGAGGGGUGCGGGACGCUCGUCAACUCGGUCAGGGACGAGGCGGUCGGACGGGGGCGGAUCAAGGCCAAGCUGUGAGCGAGGGCCGAGCUGGAUGGCGAGGGAGGGUCGGUGCGGCCUCGCGGUUUCUUCUCGUCUCUCUUUGCCGCGAUCGAGAUGCUCUCUCGCUCUCUCUGUAGAUACUCGAGCGAGGCUGUAUGUAUGUACUGCAGGCGGACAAAGAUCUAU